AUGGCAGCGGUCACUGCUCCAUCAGCGUCGACAGUCUCGGUAUCACAGCCUGACAGCGACGCCGAACCUGCGGACAGAUUCCCACUCGUGCGGCUCAUUCCAGACAUCCGUGUCAUGAUUUGGAACGCUGCAAUGCCCGACUUUGCACCUUGCCACUUCUGCCUACACUGUGAAGGCGAUUUCUCCAAGACCACCUUGACGCUCAUCGCCGACCACAUGACCAAGGCUCAGCGCAUGCCCAUCACCACUCUUUCAAGCGUCUGCCAAGAGUCGAGAAAUGAGGUGGUUCUGAAGUACCCUGACCUGCUUCCGUUGCACGCUGGGAACUUCAUGAGAUUCAGCUCUUCCAAGGAUGUGGUUUUGCUCACAACAAUAAAGAUUGAAAGCUUCGGGCCAGUUUUGCCCAGCUUCCACCUUACCGAGCCACCAACCAUGGACACUGUGAUUCAUUUCCCAUUUGAGUGGAAUGCUCAGGUUCAAAAUAUCGCUUUCAAACCAACCACCGCCUUGGAGCGAGCCGGGAUUGGAGCACUGUGUCCCGAAAUGAUCGGCCUUUUGGCCGUGGCUAUGGAACCCAGAUUCAACUUUCUCAAUCUGUUCCCACGGGUCAAAAAUUAUUUUUCCAAACACACUGUGGUGUGUGCUUCGGAAACACUGGAAGCUGUGAGGAAGGAGUGGGAGAUGUCCAUACAGAUGUAUGUCGAACUGGAAUUUGCCAGCCCUGAGCAUAUUCCAUCACCGGGCAACCCAGUUGAUUGCACUGAGACCUUACGAGUUUGGCGGGAAAGCAAUCUCGAGAAUACUGCUACGUUUCUGCGCGAUCGAAAGAAGUGGUCAGCGGCUAUUGACAACAUCCUGGACCAUAUGAUGAAUGCCAACACGCAGCAUGACACCGAGAACCGGGCUCUCGUCACAAGGCUUCGCGGAAUCAACUACUCGACAAUGGUCGGCUUCUGGAAAUAUCACUAA